ACUCGUCGCAAUACAUCAAGCAUCAACACAUCAACAUGCCGUACUUUACAUCGAGCGAAGAGUGGCAGAAGCAAUCUGCGCUGUUGUUGCAGGCGCGACCAUAUACCACCCGUAUAACAACCAAAUACCACAUCCCCUCCACCUCCUCAAUCUCCACCAAACCCACCACCACCACCACCACCGACGCUUCCACCACCACAACAACAGAAUCAAAACUCGCGCAGCAACCAAUCGCCUACCUAGAACUCAAAACCUACGACCCAAUCUCCGGCACGACUCUAAAAUACAAAACCGAUAAAGCCGCAGAGGUUGGAAGAUUGGUAGCUGCCAUGGGAAGUCUAGGACGGGAGAUGGCUGCGUUGCCGGAGAUAAAGCAAGAUAUCACAAUGACGGAUGCGGAUGAGACGCCAGUGGUGGAACCAGCGGCCACACCUGCAACAGCAACAGCACAACAACAACAACAACAACAGCAAAGCACGGGUGGGAAGAAAAAGAAGAAGGGAAAGAAGUAAGAUUGGUAUUCCAUUGAGAAUGACUGCAUGAUACCCACCAGAAAAGACAAAGGAUCAGAGCAAAGGCCUUCUCUUUGCUAAAGCAUAUGUACAAAAAAAGAAUCAUGUUUCAUGGCUG